AUGAACGAUAACAGACCAAAGCGCUCCUUUAAGUUUGAUAAACGCUGGAUUGGGAAAGAUGGCCUUAAAGAAGCAAUUAAGACAGGCUGGGGUACGAAAGUCUCCACUGAAUCAGCACAGCUGUUCACAAGGAUUGCAAAUUGCCGUGAUUCUAUUUCACAAUGGAGAAAGAACAAUCCAACGAACUCUGCCAAGAUGAUUGAAGCUGUAAAAACCCAGUUAGAAAGAGCACAAACCGACGACAACAUCCCAAACGAGGAAGUCUUUGAGCUCAAAUGGCAACUGUGCUCAGCGCUUAGGGAAGAAGAAUUGUUUUGGAAGCAAAAGAGUAGAGCCAACUGGCUCAGAGAAGGGGACAAGAAUACAAAGUUUUUCUAUGUAACUACAAAACAGAGAAGAGUUCGUAAUAAGAUUAUCAAACUUAAAGACGGAGAUGGCAGCUGGGUAGAAAAUGAAGAUAAGAUAGAACAGGUAGCAUCAGCAUAUUUCCAGAAUCUGUUCACCUCUUCAAAUCCCUCGAAUUAUGAGGAGGCACUGAAGUAUAUAGCCCCAAAGGUUACACAGGAGAUAAACACAGAGCUUACUACUAUCCCAUCUGAUAUGGAGAUCAAAGAAGCUAUAUUCUCCAUAAAUUCUGACAAAGCCCCGGGUCCUGACGGAAUGACAAGCCUUUUCUACCAAAGAUUCUGGAAGACAACAUCAACAGAUAUCACAAAAGCCGUGAGAGACUUCUUUGAGACGGGUGUCUUCGAUGAGAGGCUCAACCAGACAAACAUCUGUCUUAUCCCGAAGAAUGAACGACCUCGAGAAAUGUCGGAAUAUAGACCGAUCAGCCUCUGUAAUGUAUGCUACAAGAUCAUAUCAAAAAUCUUAUGCGCACGACUGAGAAAAUUCCUCCCAAGGCUUAUAUCUGAGACCCAAUCAGCCUUUGUGGCUCGAAGAUUAAUAACGGACAAUGUCCUAGUUGCACAGGAGAUGUUCCACGCCCUACGUACUAAUAUGAGCUGUAAGAAACAAUUCAUGGCAGUCAAGACUGACAUGAGUAAAGCGUACGAUAGAGUAGAGUGGAAGUUCUUGGAAACACUAAUGCUUAAGCUCGGUUUCUCGGAAAAAUGGGUCUCAUGGAUCAUGUGGUCAAUUUCAUCGGUUUCCUACAAAGUUUUGAUUAAUGGAGACGCUAAAGGACAUGUGAUACCAUCACGAGGACUCAGGCAGGGAGACCCCUUAUCUCCAUUCCUUUUUAUCAUAUGUACAGAAGCACUCAUAAGCCUCCUACGUGGAGCAGAAGAUGAAGGAAGAAUCACAGGGCUAAAGAUAGCCAGAGGAAGCCCCGCGGUUUCUCACCUCCUGUUUGCAGAUGAUAGCUUAUUUUUUUGUAAAACAGAUAUCCUGCAAUGUGCAGAGCUCAUGAAGAUUCUAGAUAUCUAUGGCAAAGCUUCGGGACAACUCCUCAACUGUACAAAAUCUUCCAUUUUCUUUGGUAGUAAAGUUCCACAAGAGGUGAAAGCAAAUGUCAAGACGGCUCUGAGGAUCACGAAAGAAGGGGGAAUGGGCACAUACUUAGGCAUUCCAGAGCAGCUGAGUGGCUCUAAAAACCAAGUGUUUGCAUACAUCCAAGAACGGCUACAUAAUAAAGUGAACUCCUGGUCGGCAAAACUCCUUUCUAAAGGUGGUAAGGAAGUCCAAAUCAAAGCGGUGGCGCAAGCACUCCCAACAUAUGUCAUGUCAUGUUUCUUACUGCCUCUAGGUAUCAUAAAAAAGAUCCGUAGUGCUAUUGCGAGAUUCUGGUGGAGUUCUAAAAUAGAGAGCAAAGGUCUCCACUGGAUUGCAUGGGAGAAAAUAUGUAUCUCAAAAGACGAAGGCGGACUGGGCUUUAGAGAUAUGCAAAAUUUUAACUUAGCUCUCCUUGCUAAGCAACUUUGGAGACUUCUUAGAUAUCCGUCUUCACUCCUGGCGAGAGUCCUCAAAGGACGCUAUUUCCGCUAUACGAGCCCGUUAGAGACAGCAAAGGCAAAUGCUCCAUCCUAUGGCUGGAGAAGCAUCAUAGCGGCGAAAGAUCUUCUUCAAAAGGGUCUUAGAAGAUCGAUAAAAUCCGGCUUUGAUACUAAAGUCUGGACUGAUCCCUGGCUUCCUACAAUCCCGGCACGUCCGGCGCUUGACAAUGGUAAUGGACGCAACCCUCAUCUAUAUGUUAACCAUCUCAUCGAUUUCAAUACCAAAGAGUGGAAAAUGGAUACGAUUAAGGAACUCAUUCAUCCAACGGAUAUCCCGCUCAUCACAAGCCUAAGACCAAGUAGAGUCUUUGAUUGUGAUGGAUAUGUUUGGAGCCAUUCCACCUCCGGACAAUAUACGGUGAGAUCAGGUUACGCCCUUGCAAUGGAGCUAAAGGCACAACAAACCACUCAGGCGGUGCUCGAACCUAGCAUAACUACGAUGAAACGACAAAUCUGGAAAGUGAAAACAACCGGAAAACUGAAGCAUUUCAUGUGGCAAGUUGUUUCCGGGUUUGUAGCUUCUUGUAGCAAAUUAGUUGAACGACACUGUGGGACGGACCGUAGUUGUCCGAGAUGUGGUGCUGACGAGGAAACUAUAAAUCAUAUUUUCUUCGAGUGCCCACCGGCCAUACAAACUUGGGCUCUAUCGCCGGUACCGACUUCUCCGGGUGAAUUCCCGUGUAAUUCCAUAUACAAGAAUUUUGACUACUUGCUCUGGCGAGUGAAAGAAAUGGGAGCAAAUGAAGAACAGAUUGAAUCCUUCCCAUGGAUAAUCUGGUUUAUUUGGAAGGCUAGAAACGAAAAAGCCUUUAACGGUGAAAAAGUUUCGGCUCUCGAUACUGCCCAAUGGGCUUUGAGCGAGACCGAAUGUUGGAAGAUGGCACAAGUGGUGCAAUCUACCUUAGACAGCGACGAGGAUACAGAACCAACGGCCGAAGCGAAAAGAGGAAACCGAUGGCCCAUAUGUAACACGGAUGCAUCCUGGGACAAGAAUGCUAAAUGUGCAGGUCUGAGUUUCGUUCUAAGGAAUGAAGACGGUUCAUGUCUGUACGGAGCAAAGGCCUGCGCCAAUACACAAUCAGCGACUCAUGCUGAACUUGAAGCAAUCAUAUGGGCCCUGAAAAACGCCACAGAAAUCGGGUAUACAGAUUUAUAUCUGCAAACCGACUGCCAACAAGUCCUAAAGAUGAUCAAAGAAGAAGAAGAAUGGCCGGCCUUUUCUGCAAAGAUCGAAGACAUCCUUCGCCUCAAACUCAGUUUUACUUGUUUUGAUAUUUCUUUCGUAUCACGCAAUCUAAAUGUCCGUGCGGACUCCUUAGCCAAAGGAGCACGUUCACGAGGGUUCUGUUUUGAUUAUGUAAACUCGUUGUCACAAAACGAGCUGCCUCUUGAGGUAUGCCCGAUUGCGAUAACGUCUUAA